AUGCUUCUCGUCAGCAUCCUGUGUGCUUUGCUAGGCAUAUCUGUGGCUGCUAAGCCUGUGGUUCAACGACACUUCAAUAGCACCGCAUGGACUUCAGACUAUGUUCUUCAACCCGAGGAGGUCAUUCUGUUUGGAGAAGGCCGUAUGGAGGUCGUCCAUGAAAGUGUCUAUCGCCAAAUUCUCAUCUCGCAGGGGCUUUCUCAUUCUGUGCUCGAGAUCAAUGACGUGUCUCUUGAAAGCCAGGCCGUUCGCCAAGAUACAUCCAAAAUUGAGCACCGCGACUCAUGUGACCUCACUACUGCGGUCAUCACUGAUACCACACAGAGUUUUGUCGAUUGGGAUGUUCAAAUGUCUCCUGUUGUGAUUGGCACUGGAAAUGGGAUUGAUGUAUCUGUCAGCUCCGGUUACAGUGUCAGCAAUGGGAUUAGCGUUAGCGCUGGCCUCGAUUUGUCUCUGGUGAAGGACAAGUUAGGAAGCUCAGUCGGCGUUGACUACACUCGCACUUGGACUACGCAGACCGUUGUGACUGUAAAGGCAACAGUCCCAGACGGUUACUCCGGUGCGAUGAUUACAAAGCCCAUCAAAACACGAAAAAAUGGUAGGGUCUUAAGGGGCUGUCUGGGGUCACAAACUCAAGAUGGUACGUUUUCCGCUGAUUCAUUCCAAGAUGGAUCCUACGCAGGGGUAAAGUGGGUAUCUGGGGCAAUUACAAUGUGUGCCAAGAAGGAGUUCCCUCUUUCCCGAUGCUCGGGCAAUGGGAACUUCAUUUGA